AUGAAGGGACCUAGAUGGAACACUUUCAUGUUUCUGUUAACAAUGGCUGCUUUUAUGAUUCUCCUGCUUCCUUGCAAAGGUAUUGGUGUAUGUUAUGGUAGAAAUGGAAACAAUCUUCCAUCUCCAAGAGAUGUAAUAGGCCUCUACAAAAGGUGUGGAAUUCAACUCAUUAGACUCUUUGAGCCAAAUCCACAAGUACUAGAUGCACUUCGUGGGUCAAAUCUCCUUGUCUCUUUAGGAGUGAGAAAUGAAGAUUUAAGUAACCUUGCGUCAAGCCAAACUGCAGCCACUGCUUGGGUUAAUGCCAAUGUCCUCCCUUACAAGAGCAAUGUCAUAUUCCGGUGGAUCACAUUAGGCAACGAGGUAAUUCCGGGCUCUUAUUCCACAUUUGUGGCCCGAUCCAUGGCCAACAUCUACAAUGCCAUUCGCGCUAUCGGUUUGACUAGCACAAAGGUGACUACCGUUGUGCCAAUGACUGCCCUGGCAUCGUCUUACCCACCCUCAGCCGGGGCAUUCUCUGGCCAAGUGGUUGGGGUCAUGAGGGAUGUNGUGACUACCGUUGUGCCAAUGACUGCCCUGGCAUCGUCUUACCCACCCUCAGCCGGGGCAUUCUCUGGCCAAGUGGUUGGGGUCAUGAGGGAUGUCGCUUCAUUUUUAUCGCGAGCAGGUGCACCUCUUAUGAUUAAUGUUUACCCUUAUUUUGCCUUCGCCUCUGAUCCACAACAUGUUUCUUUAGAAUAUGCAACUUUCCGUUCAAAACAGCCUGUUGUGGAUGGAAAUUUGAGGUAUAAUAGCCUCUUCGACGCCAUGGUUGAUGCUUUUCAUGCAGCAUUGGAGAAGAUCAAUUCAGGGAAUGUUUCGAUCUCGAUUUCGGAAACUGGUUGGCCAACUGCUGGGAACGGUGCUUACACAAAUAUUGACAUUGCAAAAGCUUAUAAUACUAACCUGGUCAAUCAUGUUAAAAGGGAGGGGACUCCAAGGAGGCCAAACCAACUUAUGGAUACUUUCAUUUUUGCAAUUUUCAACGAAAACCAAAAAGAAAAUGGCGUUGAGCAGAAUUGGGGGCUGUUUUAUCCGAAUAUGAAGCCUGUUUAUCCCUUUUUCGCAAACUGCUUACGUUAG